UCUAUUCUACUUUCCUGCAAAAAACUAUCCCCUCCCUCACAAUGUGUUUGUGGUACGCAAUCGGUUUAAGAGCUGUACGCAAUCUUCACACGUUCAGUAUUGCUUUAGCCAUUUGUACGAAAAAGUUCAACAGCAGCAGCAGCAGCAAUGUACUCCGCUGUAGGAAGCAACGCACGAAAAAAUUAUUACGUUCCACUUCAGAAUAUUGAUGAAACUCCUUCAUUUACGAAAAGAUGUGUCAACGCGCCCGUGCAUCGUGCAGUUCGUAUACUAGGCAGGAAAUACGCAUUGACACGUACGGGAUACAAAUUUUUAGAAAUUGGUAUCAACGUUGGCCCACCGAGCUACGUGGAGAUUGCAUGUUCAUCUACAACUAUGCCUUAUAUCACGCAAACUAAACGUAGCGUUCAAAAUACAAAUGAUACUACAAAUGACAUGAUAAAUGAGACAGUAGUAAUUCUUUACAAAUUGUCCAAUUAUAAUUUUGAUAAGAACUUACGUGAACAG